AUGGGUUUACUCCAAAGCCUCCUUGGUUUGGGCCUCUUCUUCGGAUCGAUAUCUGCCCAGAACUAUGAUGAGCUCUACCGUCCUCAGUUUCACUUUUCUCCCGCACAGAACUGGAUGAAUGAUCCUUGUGGAUUACUGUACCACAAUGGGACAUAUCAUUUGUUCUUUCAGUACAAUCCGGGAGGAAUUCAAUGGGGAAACAUGUCAUGGGGUCAUGCAACCAGCACCGAUUUAACACAUUGGGAACAACAACCGAUCGCUUUUCUCGCCAGAGGAUUUCCUUCUAAUGUCACGGAGAUGUACUUCACUGGAAGUGCUGUUGUGGAUGUGAAUAACACCAGCGGGUUUGGCACGGAUGGCACGACUCCUUUAGUGGCCAUGUAUACUUCCUAUUACCCCCAAGCCCAGACUCUGCCAAGUGGAAAGCGUAUUCAGGCAUUGCAGCAAUCACAGUCCAUUGCCUACAGCUUGGAUCAGGGAAUGACUUGGACUACAUAUGACGCUGAGAAUCCUGUCAUUCAGAACCCGCCAGCUCCAUAUCAGAGUCAAUACCAGAACUUUCGAGACCCACACGUUUUCUGGCAUGAGCAGACUCGGAAAUGGGUUGCUGUCACAACAUUGGCGGAACUACAUAAGCUUCUUAUAUGGACGUCUCAUGAUUUGAAAGAAUGGACUCUUGCUACUGAGUUUGGGCCGUACAAUGGCGUCGGUGGGGUAUGGGAAUGCCCUGGUCUGUUUCCUCUCCCGCUUGAUGGAGACGAAUCGAACAUGAAAUGGGUCAUGGUGGUCGGAAUUAAUCCAGGAGGACCGCCAGACAUUUUGGGCUCCGGGACACAAUUCUUUAUCGGAACGUUCAACGGGACGACAUUCACACCUGAUGCAAAUACUGUGUACCCCGGAAAUCAAACGUCGAAUUGGAUGGAUUGGGGACCGGACUUUUAUGCUGCCGCCGGAUACAAUGGACUGCCUGAUAGGGACCAUGUUCAAAUCGGAUGGAUGAACAACUGGCAGUACGGAGAGAAUAUUCCUACGUACCCUUGGCGAAGUGCUAUGGCAAUUCCUCGCCAGCUCUCUCUGAAAACCAUCGGCCAGAAAGCGACCAUUGUACAACAACCAAGGGAGAAUUGGCGGGCUAUCAUGGGUCAAGAUACUCGACUGCACUCGUGGAAGUCGAUUGCCGAAGGCAGAACACCACUCGGCUCUGUUGGAAAAGCUAUGGAAAUCAACUUGAGUUUCUCUAGCUCCGAAUCAACGGCCUCUGAGUUUGGAAUCAUCGUUCGCGCAACUUCCAACCUGUCACAGCUCACGCGAAUUGGCUAUAAUUUUUCAAGCAGCCAACUAAUCGUUGACCGGAGACAGUCCGGAAAUGUCUCUUUUGAUAAGACAUUUGCCAGCCAAUACCACGCACCCCUUACCUCGAACUCGGAUGGUCAAGUCAGCCUGCGCAUCUUCGUGGACUGGUCCAGCGUGGAAGUGUUUGGGGGUGAAGGAGAAACCACUGUAACUGCCCAGAUAUUUCCAAGUGGCAAUGCCACAUAUGCUCAGCUUUUCUCCUCGGGGGGAUCAACAACAGAUGUCAACCUGAGCAUUCGAGAGUUGUCUUCAGUUUGGACGUAG